AUGGAGAUCAAUAAUAGGACCAUGCGGAAGCUCAUAUCCAAUAACUACUCAUACAUUAUGUCGUCAACCAGUAGCCGGUCGUCACCCAAUCCUAAUCAUCGACUCUUGACAGAGACGAUUAAAGAGAUUGCGAGUUCACCGCAAGACGCGAAGGAAAAAUUUGCGGAUGUGAUUGCCGGAAUGGCUAACGAUGGUGAGAUGGCGAGGGAUUUUGAUUUGGCAGUAUUUCUCAGUCAUUUUGGGCUGGACAGCCUGCAGAAAUGCAUAUUGGCGGUGGGCUUAAAGCAGAGUCAGAGGCACGAUCUCCGCAACAAGGCUUAUGAGAUCAUUCACAAGUCAUUCAGGUCAAUGUUAGAGAUUCUGGCUAACCCCUCCAGACAUCCUGAAUUGAAGCCGGAGGGGAUUGCGUUUUUCAUCGACCAAAUACUAGGAGAGCCGGUAUACCCAUUCGCUGAUAAUCUCAAACGACUGGAAAUUUCGUACGCUGCGAGGUCACGCUACAAAAACAUGCAAUUACCACCCGAAAUCCUCCAUGUCACCGAGUCAAUCGAGAAGCUGCGGCAGCAAGAGUCGCUGGUCCAUAUAUUCUCCGUACUGGGGCCAGAGAGUACAAGCUCGCUGGAAAAUUGUAGGGAGGUUCUCAAGCGGAAGUGGAAGGUUCAGAUUUCGGAAAGUGAGAUGACAGACAUGCUGGUUCUGAUGGCCACGGCAAGAAAUCCUAUCGAGUGGCAUGCAGAUUUUUUCGUGCGAGCUCUUCAGCAUGAGAACCUACCUCAAUCCUUUAAUUGGGAGCGUGUAGUUGAGGGUUUGGAUAGAGAGGACUUUGUCUUGGAAGGAACAGAAGGGUUGCAUGUUAUUCUCACCGCUUUGCAGCAUGGAAACACCGAUCCCGACUUUCCUAUCCAUAAGCUUUGGGGUGGUAGAUGGAAGCAUCCGCGGUCACAGUGGUCUGUUCUCAAGGGGUAUAUCAAAGCAGACAAUCUGGACGUCAAGAGGAUUCCUGGCAUCCGAAAGGUGUUCUCUUCAGCUGAUUUCCUAUCUUCCAAUAGUAGCCUCAAGCUUAUGGUUGCUACCUUCGAAACACAUAAGCUGAUAUCCCUUGAUGCUGUGGAUGCUCUUUUCCAUCUUGCGUUGCACGAAUCGAUUCCCCCUGAUGUCAAACAGGCAGCGCAAGCAGAGCUGGACAAGGCUGCUAAGUUUACACCAGAAUUACUUCUUUGUGGGGCCUUAAUGAUACCCAAGCCUUGGCCCGAAAAUUUAGAACAUGUCAUUAACAAUCUGUUCAAUAUGUUUUUUGAAGGGCAUACUAGUCAUCAGCUGGUAUUUUGGCGGCUUUGGCAUGUCGACAGGCCAUUUAUUAUCGGCCAGUUUGUUGACUACCACCUCGGGAACAACCUUAAUAUCACACGUAUCCUAGAUAUUGCCCAGGAACUUCGAUGUCUUAGUGAUCUAUUGGAGGUUAAGAAUGCACCAUUCAUCCUUGAUGUUGGAGCUUUGGCAGCUAGGAGAGAAUACCUGAAUCUUGAAAAGUGGCUUCAAGAAAUGAUCAACAAACAUGGAAGCGAUUUUGUGACAGAAACCUACCGAUUCUUGCGGGUCAAAGCGGAAGCAGAGUACAUUCAGACGAGAGAAGGUGGAAAGCCCACUAUGGUUAGUCUUAGAGUCGGACCCGUCCACACUUUCCUUACCCUGCUCGAUAGGAAUCAUCCGCCGAUGACCCAAGAUAUGCAAGAGAAGGUUACAGAAACCCAACGUUUGUGCAUCCAGGCUUACCCACGGCUGAUCAAUCUUGGUUGUGGGAUGGAUUCCAUCAUCUUGGCGAAUAAUUCUGAGAGCAAUACAUUCCCUCCUAUCGUCGACAAAGAAAUGCAGCAGAAUUACAAGAUGAUGUACAGCCAGGAGACUGAGAUUAGUGAGAUGGUCACCUAUCUUCGCCAAUUGAAAACGUCCUCAAUCCCCCAAGAUCAAGAUCUCUUUGCUUGUAUGAUACAUGGCCUCUUUGACGAAUAUCACUGCUACCCUUCAUAUCCACUCCAAGCGCUUGCGACAACCUCUGUGCUCUUUGGCAGCAUUAUUGUCUACAAUCUCAUCGACGACAUUCCUCUACGUGUUGCGCUGGCAAUGGUGUGGCAAGCUGUCCGCGAUCACGACCCUUCUUCGACAAUGUACAAGUUCGGUCUGCAGGCCCUGGUUCAGUUCAAGGAGAGGCUCAAAGAAUGGAAAUCUUACUGCGGCCUGCUUGCGCAAGUCCCGGGACUUCAAGGGACAGAUAUAUGGAAGAUUGCUCAAGAUGUUAUCGGUGGCAAUGCUGACCGACAGAACGAACUGUCGGCAAACGGCAACACUGAUCGAAAGGAACCCGGAGCUGUGUUAACUAAUGGCGACUCCAAUGCCUCGUCUCCCGAAUCACCACAACACCCUCCAUUUCGGUCUUUGGACCCCACUAUGCCGUUUCGAGAUCCAUCGGCUUAUACUGAACCCGACGAGGAAGUCCAGGAUAGGGUUUUGUUCAUCGUCAACAAUGUUUCUCAUUCUAACCUAGAGGAAAAGCUGGAGUCAUUGAAGGAGCAUUUGCGCGAGGAGCACCACCAGUGGUUUGCCGACUACUUGGUUGUGGAACGGGCCAAGCUCGAGCCUAACUACCACAAACUAUACCUCGACCUUUUAGACAAAUACAACGAUAAGGGGUUAACAGCAGAGGUUUUGCGCGAGACUUAUGUCAAUGUUAUCAAAUUACUAAAUGCGGAGGCUACUUUAAACAGCUCGAAUGAGAGGACACAUUUGAAGAACUUGGCUUGUUGGUUAGGAGGACUGACGAUCGCGAAGGAUAAGCCGAUAAAGUUUAAAAAUAUCUCCUUCAGAGAUUUACUUAUUGAAGGAUUUGUCACGGAGAGGCUCACGGUUGUCCUUCCCUUCACUUGCAAGGUUUUAGAACAAUCAACCAAAUCGACAGUCUUCAAACCCCCCAAUCCUUGGCUAAUGGCUACUAUACGAAUCUUGGUUGAGCUCUACCAACAUGUUGAGCUCAAACUUAACCUGAAAUUUGAGAUUGAAGUUCUCUGCAAAAACCUGGAUCUGGACAUCAAAACCAUUGAACCUUCGACAGACAUCCGGGAAACUCGGGAUAGGCCGGCAGAGAAAGUAGAGGAGAGCUUACAAGUUGUUGAGGAUCUUCCUCUGCAGCCACAAGAUUUCUCCCCCACAUCAGAUCCGGUUCCCGCCGGGUUUGCCGACCAUGUUAUCGUCAGUUCCGCGGUUCAACACCCUGCUAUCAAACGCAUUCUCCAGCUAGCCAUAGAUCGUGCCAUUCGGGAGAUUAUUGGGCCGGUCGUUGAGAGAUCCGUUACUAUUGCUAGCAUUUCGACAUCUCAGCUCAUCCAGAAGGAUUUUGCGACAGAAGGUGAUGAAGGAAAGAUGAGGAACGCUGCGCACAUCGUCGUUCAGCACCUUGCCGGAAGCCUGGCUCUUGUUACGUGCAAGGACCCGCUGCGGAUGAGCAUGCAGAAUAACAUCCGUGCCCUACUUGCCCAGAGUGGAUACAAUGAGCAAGUCAUUUCAGAUCAAACAAUUACUGUGUGUGUCAACGACAAUAUUGAUAUGGCAUGUCAGAUCAUCGAAAAGGCUGCCCAAGAACGUGCUAUUCCAGAUAUUGAUGACGGAUUGAGUCAAGCGUACCAACUGAGGAAACGGCACCGGGAGUUGAGAACUAAUCGACCAUUUGUCUCCCCUGAUGUUUCCCAAGUUGCACUACAGCUCCCAGAUCAGUUCAGGUUGAAGCCAGGCGGACUCUCUCCCCAGCAAUUGAGCAUGUACGAAGACUUCAAUAGGAUGGCAAGGGCUCCAAACCCGGAGGGUGCCAGAAAUUCGUUCGAAAGUGCUUUCCCAAACGACUUUUCGCCAAGCGGAAGCACAAUUGUGGAACCCCCGCAGGCGCAGCCGAGAGCUUCCGAACGAUCCCCCGGCGCCUCGGAUGCUGGCCAGAAGGAAAUUCAGUCUAAAAUUUCGGUAAAGUGUCGUGAGCAACACCUCAAAGACCUACAUGCGGAGCACCCACUUUUCCAGUUCAUCGAAGCUAUACUCAGCAAUGCGUCCCUGGCACAACCUAAUAUGCCUCGCCUAAAAGACGCUAUUUGUACAACUGUGGCUUCCUCGGUAUGCCUCAUUUUGUAUACGGACACGCAGAAUCAGAUGGAGGUUGAGGUGCUCGGGUUUCUCCUGCAGAAAGUUUGCGAGCUAUCACCACUCACGGCAAAGGAUGUCGUUAUGUGGCUUUCCCAAGGCCAGGACGAUGAGCGGAUGUUCAAUGUCCCAGUCACAGUCAUGCUUCUAAAGACUCAACUUUUUGCGCUCACCCAUCUUGAUGCCACCAUUGCCAGGUCAAUUAACGCGAGAAAGCCUGCAGCGUUGGAGUUUUUGUCACAGUUGCUCAAAGAGACUGUCACUGGUCCAAAUCCUCUUGCCCUAAGAGCCGAUUUUGCAUCGUCACUCGACGCCGUAGGUGGCUGGCUCAAGCAAGAUCCCACUAACAAGGCGGCUCUUGAAUUGGCUGGUGACUUUCAAGAUUCAGACAGGGGAAAUCAAGAUGUAGAUCUCGAGGACCGCGAGAAGCGUGACCAAAUUGAGUAUAUAUUCGCUGAGUGGAUAUCUCUCUGCCAGUAUCUCUUGACAUCAGAGAAGAAUUACUCCUCCUUCAUCAUGCAGCUUCAUCAGACCAAAGCUCUAGCUGAUACGGCGUCCUCUUGCGAAUUUCUUCGAACUUGUAUCGAGUUUUGCAUUGCGGAGUACGAACAGUCAACCAGCACCAACCCGACAGCAGCAACUAACUGCUAUAUCCCUAUUGACGCUCUUGCUAAGUUGGUCGUCCUCCUUGUAAAGUACCAAGGGGAAGGCGAUCAGAAGGGUCAAGCGGUCGACAAGGCAGACUAUCUGAACAGCACUUUGGCCCUGAUCGUUUUUGUCUUUAACCACCAUCACGAGGCUCGCGGUGAGCACUUUUCACAAAAAGUGUUUUUCCGUUUCUUUUCCAGUAUGCUGUACGAAUAUCACCUGAUCGAAAACCAGAUGAUGGGGUACCAUGAGAGAAUAUUGGAGACCUUUGCGGAAUGCUUUUUAACCAUCCAACCGGCCUUCUUUCCCAUGUUCAGUUUCCACUGGAUGACAUUGGUUUGCCAUCGGUACUUCAUGCCUAAGCUACUUAGGCUCGAGGGCGAGAAGGGCUGGCCGGUAUUUGCGAAGCUUCUGGAGACCCUUUUGGUGUAUGUUGGCGCACCACUGAAAGAACGCUCUAUUCCACCAGUCGUAAAGCUACUUUAUCGAGGGAUUCUCAGGGUCCUUUUGGUGCUACACCAUGACUUUCCAGAAUUCCUUGCUGAAUGGCAUUUCUCAAUCUGCGAGGUCAUCCCAGUUCAUUGCACACAACUUCGCAAUUUGAUAUUGUCUGCCUAUCCCUCCUCGCUCUCGGACCUCCCAGAUCCGUUCACAGCAGGAUUGAAAGUUGAUCGCCUGCCAGAAGUCAAAAAGGCUCCCAGGAUAAGUGGUGAUGUGUUCAGACCUCUUAUCGAUAGUGGGAUAAAGCAGUUACUGGAUUCGUGCCUUGGUUCCCCCGAAGGUUUGACGAACGCAGCGAUACAAAGAAUUGUGGAAAUGUUGGACACAGAGCCUAGAAAAGUGACUGGGCUCGGAUUCGCUACAAUCACCGUAGACACCGCUAUUAUCAACAGUCUCGUCUUAUAUCUCGGAAUGGAGGCCAUACGUGAGGCCACUGAAAAGGGAGGCUCAACAUUCCAGACGCAGAGCCCACAUACCGCCUUGUUCUCAAAACUUGCAAGUGACCUAAAGCCUCAGGCCAGAUACUUUUUCUUGAGCGCGAUCGCAAAUCACUUGCGCUACCCUAACAGCCACACCCACUACUUCAGUUAUUUGUUGCUUUACCUUUUCGGCCAGGUCCAGGGCAAAACCAACGAGUCUGAUGUGAGGCAGCAAAUCACCCGCGUCUUGCUCGAAAGAUUGAUCGUCCAUCGCCCUCAUCCCUGGGGAUUGAUAAUUACACUUCUGGAGCUGCUUAAGAACCCAACCUACGACUUCUGGCAGCUGCCGUUCAUCAAGACCGCACCUGAGAUUGAGAGGCUUUUCGGUGCUUUGUUCCAACACAUUAAUAAUUCCCCCCUUCGUCAGUGAACAAAAAUAAAGCAUUGUCACUUUCCCACUUUUACUCAUUUCCUCGCCUUCCAUGGAAUCUUGCAUACCUUGUCCUUUUCUCAUCUCCGGGGGCGCGCUGAAGCUUUUCUUUUUUUUGUCUUGCCUUGUCUGUCACAACUGGUGGUUUUUCAGGGGGGAAAAGCACAAAACAAAAGUUAUGUUGGGGUAUUUAGAUCGGGGUUUUUCUCUCUUUUCUUUCUUCAUAUUCAUUCCCAUGAUUAGUUAGCAUCCUUACCUCUCCGCAUUUCCCGUUCGAUUUCUUUCUUUUACCUUCCCUUUUUUCUUUGAGGAGGACGAUGAUAGAGACAUGAACGGGAUAGAUUAGCCUAGUCUAGUUUCAAUUCCAUCUUACCACCUUGCCAAGAAAAAAA